AUGGGAGAAAGAGAUCACGAUGAGUUAUCUCAGAAUCACUCGUCCCCUUUCACUCUGGGUGUAGCGUUACCUACUAGAUCAGCCAGUGUAACUCUACUUCGUGAACAGGCUGGAGAAUCAGCCUCGGCCCAAGCCUGUUCCUCGAGUUCAACUUCAACUUCGAUCUCGAAUAUGGGACUGAUGCGAAGGGAUAGUCUGGAAGAUACCAAAUCGUUUUACGGCGUCCGACCUACUUCACCACCUGAUUCCACGAUACAUAGAACAGCUUCAUCAUCACAAAGAGGCACUGCUGCUCAAAGAGUCAGGUCAUCUUCACUCUUAUCGUCGAAUUCUUCAAUCACCUCUCCAUCAAGAACAGCAGUACCCUUACCUACUCCCAGAGGAUUCUUGUCACCCAAAAAACCAAAUUCAGCGAUUAGAUUAGAACGUAAAUCUUCUUCUGUUUCAGAUACCGAUCUAAAUACUAAAAUCAAAAGUAAAUCUAGAUCUAACAACUUUCAUUCCACCCUCCCUACGGAAUAUGAGAAUCUGUCUACCAAUCAACAAGAUCAAGAUCCAGAUCAAGAUCAAUUUAACACAGAAAUGAUUGCAACAAAUUCUAUCUCACCCACAUUCCAGGAAACAGAAACAGAAGCUGCAUCUCCAACUUUUGCGUUAUCGUCAUCAUUUUCAUUGAGUGAACAGCAAAGCAAACCUCCAAAUAAUUGGGAUAGAUCAAUAGGUAGAUCAAUCACUGAAAUGUCAACACCGCCAAGAACGGCUAUAUCAGAAUUGUCAUCCGAUGAAUUAGUAAAUAGAAAUAGGGGUAGAGAUAUUGAAAAGGCGAAUGGACAUGGAACCAAUGAUGGAAUGAGAGAGGCAAAUGAUUUUCGACUUUCGAAAUCUGCAAAAUCUUGGAGAACGAAUCCGAAUAAUCAUUCCAGGUCAAACAGUUCAAAGUUUUCUGACGGGAAACACAGAAGAAAGUACGAAACCCUCAACAGCAGCAAUCCCCUAACGACAUUCUUUUGGAGUGGUAGACUGAUGACCGGAGGUGAUAAUUGGUGGUCGUUGAUUGGAAUUGUGGUUAUUUUACUCGGUAUAUCAGGUGUGUGGCUGGGAACUACUGGUGCUUGGUUGUGGCAACAUGGGAGAGAAUAUGGAUUAGUAAAAGGCAGUGGCAUAGUUAUUACUAUCAUCUUUGUCUAUCUUUUCGGUAUCACAACGAGUUCAUUGAUAGCUUCAGCUUUUAGAGAUCCAGGCAUAAUACCUCGAGGUCUUGAUCUAGAUCCACCUGUAUUUGACGAUACAAACGAAUGGGAAGCUUGGCCUAGAGAUCUUACAAUCAAUGGUUCAAAAAUUUUAGUGAAAUACUGCGAUACUUGUAGGAGUUAUAGACCACCUAGAAGUAGUCAUUGUAGGCUGUGCGGAAAUUGCGUAGAUGGUAUUGAUCACCAUUGUUCCUAUCUACAUCAAUGCGUCGGAAAGAGAAACUAUUUCUCAUUUCUGGUUCUACUGGUCUCAGCUACCAUCUCUGACAUCUAUAUCAUAAUCUUCUCGGCACUUCACUUCUCCCUACUAUGCCAUCACGACCAUGUUUCUUUCGGAAAGGCGUUAUCGGAAUCACCGGGAGCAGCCGUCAGCUUCCUUUUAGGGGUAUUGCUGACUGUGCCCAUAUUGUUUUUACUUUGGUACCAUAUACGAUUGUUGAUAUACAACUUAACGACUGUAGAACAGAUUCGAGCCAAUACAUCGAACAGCCUUUUUGCUAAAGCUCAACGACCUGAUAAUCCCUUUAUGUCAAACAGUUUGUUCAGUAAUAUAAUCUUGGCGUCGAUUGGCAGACCCCAAUUUCCAAGUUGGAUAGAUGCAAAUGGAUUUGAAGAUGAUGAUAAGAGGGAAAUCAAUCCUGCUCUGAAGGAUCUGAAAUGGUCUAAGGAGAAGCUAAGUACGGGGAUCUGA